AUGGGAUUGCACAUCCAAGAGCUAGUAACCACCUUCACCGAAAAAGAUUCUACGGGGACCGAGAGUAGAGCCGUAACCGCCGUUACCACGGCGAUACAAUACGCUGGUAUUGGACUAGACCGCAUGCGACGGCAAAAAAGGGCUGGACAAUUUGAUAGACGCUGCACAUGGCGGAGAAUUCUCGAGAUCUCCUUUUAG